AUGUUUGUUUUGUAAUCAAUCUAAUAAAUAAAUAUGUAAAUUAGUUUACAUUUAAAAACAAUUUUAAACCAUAGUUAGAAAUGGUAAAAACAGAUAUGGGUCUACCAGAUCCAGAUAAUCCUACAGAAGAUCUCAGAAUUACUAGUGAAACUGUUUUUGGUAUUUCACAAGAUGAUUCUGAUCAAGAGGUAGAAACGGAGGACUUUCAAAUAGAAUUUGCACAGUAUCAAUUAUUACCUGCAUCGCCUGUUGAAGAGACGAAUACGAAUUCAGAUAGUGAUGAUGAUGAAGGUAGUGCCACAAACACCACUAUAAAUUCAGAAUCCCAAGGUAUUUCUGUACCUCCCAUAACUCCUAUGGAAUCAUCAAUUGUAAAAGAGGUAUGGGAUGGACCUGCCCCCGAAGUCUGUGAUAUUAAAAUGGAUAAUCAAAGAGUACUUGAAGUUAAACAAGCAAUGUUGAAUAUAACCCUACCUGAAAGUGCAAUUCCAGAUUGGGCUACAAACAUCCCAGAAGAGGAAUGGAAAUUACAAUUAAUGAAGAGGCUAAAGAAAUAA